AUGGGUCCAGUGCCUUACCAACCAGAUUAUCCCGGCCUCAGUAAUGCAGCAUUGGAGACACUGAAAGCUAGGAAGCGCCUAAAUAUUAUUAAGUGUAUCGCUGGUAGGGAUUGGGGAGCAGAUGCAACUACUCUUAGGACUUCCUACCAGGCUCUUGUUAGACCAAUUCUUGAAUAUGGCUAUCCUGUCUACUGCUGUGCUUCGCAAUCUAACUUAAACAAAUUGGAAAAGGUUCAACUGAGCGCCGCUCGCAUCAUCACUGGACUGAAACGUAGCUGCCCUUCAGAGAUCGUUCUUUACGAAGCAGAUCUGCAACCUCUAAAUUUCAGAAGCAAUCUUAGUACUUGCUUGGAUCUUUCCAAUGUUAGUUUCCAUGAAAGCCUCCCUACCAUGCUUGACAAGAAAGACUGUGUGCCUGACUUCCUCAGACAAUUGUCCCUGGAAAUCAUCAAUAAAAUCCCUCCAAACGACAUCAAAAUAUUCUCUGAUGGCAGUAAAAUGGAUAGACAGACUGGCAGUGGGGUAUUUAUUGAAACACCUCGAGAGAACUACACUCUUCAUCAACGAAACCCCGAUUUUUGCUCCGUCUUUCGAAGCGAACUAAUUGCAAUCGACAGGGGACUAGAGAAAAUCUUGAGUGAAGGGCACCUUGGAAAUACUUGGAUACUAUCUGACAGCCGUAGUUCAAUUCAACACCUCAAAAAUUGGGCCCUCAUUGGAGAUAAAACCAGUUUUUCGAUCCUACAAAAAGUAAAGCUCAUUUCCCAACAGCAUGAGGUCCACUUUCAAUGGAUCCCGUCCCACGUCGAUAUCCACGGCAACGAGUUGGCUGACACUCUUGCAAAGAAGGGACUAGACCAUCCAGUUCCCUCCACCUCAGAGCUUACAUACCUUGAACUUUUUGCAAGGCAAAAGGCCCAGAACAAACAAAAGUGGCUGCUUCCACCUAUUCACUACUGGUAUAAAGCAGAAAGACCAGGACUCUCUCUAUCUCUCCCUGAUUCUCCAGGAAAAGAAACUUUAACUUCACCUACAGGUCUUUGGAUUUAG